AUUGGCCGAGGGCGAAGUCAGGUGAAGGAGCUCGCCUUCCGGGUUUGUAGCCAGGCUGGCAAGAAGUCAGAGGAGCGGCUUCGGGCGCAUCCCUACCUCGGAAGGGGAAGGCAUGAAGAGAGUCACCCUCUUCGUUAAUGGCAGCCCCAGGAAUGGGAAGGUUGUGGCUGUUUAUGGGACACUGUCUGACUUGCUCUCGGUAGCAAGUAGUAAGCUUGGAAUCAAAGCAACCUACGUCUACAACGGAAGAGGUGGCCUUAUUGAUGACAUUGCUCUGAUCAGGGAUGAUGAUGUCCUUUUUGUAUGUGAAGGGGAACCAUUUAUUGAUCCCCAGGCUGACAUAAACCUUCCAGAUCCAUUGUCAGGAUCUCAUUCAGACUGGAUCACGCUCAAUGUUGGAGGGCGGUACUUCACAACUACCCGGAGCACUUUAGUUAGCAAAGAACCUGAUAGCAUGUUGGCUCGUAUGUUUAAAGAUAAAGAUGCCUGGGGGAACAAGCGGGAUCACAGAGGAGCCUUCCUCAUUGACCGUAGUCCGGAGUAUUUUGAACCUAUUUUGAACUACUUGCGCCAUGGGCAACUCAUUGUGAAUGAUGGCAUCAAUUUGCUAGGAGUCCUCGAAGAAGCCAGGUUCUUUGGGGUUGACUCGUUAAUAGAGCAUCUUGAAGUCGCCAUUAAGAAUUCACAGCCUGCUGAAGAUCAUUCUCCAAUCUCCCGAAAGGAAUUUGUGAGGUUCUUGCUUGCAACCUCAACCAAAUCCGAGCUACGCUGUCAGGGCUUAAAUUUCAGCGGCGCAGAUCUCUCUCGUUUAGAUCUCCGGUACAUCAACUUCAAGAUGGCCAACUUGAGCCGAUGCAACUUAGCCCAUGCCAACUUGUGUUGUGCAAAUCUGGAAAGAGCAGAUCUUUCUGGAUCAGUUCUAGAUUGUGCCAACCUCCAGGGUGUGAAGAUGCUUUGUUCUAACGCAGAGGGCGCAUCACUGAAAGGGUGCAACUUUGAGGACCCCUCGGGCCUGAAAGCUAACCUGGAAGGUGCCAACUUGAAAGGCGUAGAUAUGGAAGGGAGCCAGAUGACCGGAAUCAACCUGAGAGUUGCAACUCUGAAGAAUGCGAAGUUAAAAAACUGUAACCUGAGAGGAGCAACGCUUGCGGGAACUGACUUGGAGAAUUGUGAUCUUUCGGGCUGUGAUCUACAAGAAGCCAACCUACGGGGAUCGAACGUGAAAGGGGCGAUAUUUGAAGAGAUGCUGACCCCGCUACACAUGUCUCAAAGCGUCAGAUAGGUGGUCCAGAAGAAGAUGACUUCACGCUGCAGGCCAUCCUCUCUCUUGACCAUAGGAGAGGCAGCCUUUUCCCAACUCGAGUUUCUCAGUG